AUGGCAGAUCAUAACCACUCCCAAUUCCAGCAUCUGUACUUUGUUUUAACUGGAAUCCCCGGACUUGAGCAGAAGUAUUAUUGGAUGGCAUUCCCACUGGGUGCUAUAUAUGUCAUUGCUCUCUUUGGCAAUGGUAUUAUCAUCUCUACAAUCAAGACUGAAUCAUCUCUGCACAUUCCUAUGUACUACUUUCUGUGUAUGUUGGCAUUUGCUGAUAUGGGGCUCACCCUUUGUACUCUGCCCUCUAUGCUUGGCAUAUUCUGGUUUAACUACAAAUUUAUAAGCUUUGAUGGUUGUCUUAUUCAGAUGUACUUCAUUCACACCUUCUCAGCCAUUGAGUCAGGAGUGUUAGUUGCAAUGGCCAUCGAUCGUGUUGUAGCGAUCUGGAACCCUCUCAGAUACGGCACCAUUUUAACCAAUGGUGUGGUCUGUAAAAUAGGGAUACUCAUCUUGUCAAGAGCAGUCUGCGUGGUCUUCCCUGUGCCUUUCCUCAUCAAGAGGCUCCCUUUUUAUCGCUCCAACAUCCUCUCCCAUUCCUUCUGCCUCCAUCAAGAUGUGAUGCGCCUUGCCUGUGCCAGCACCCGUGUUAACAGUCUCUAUGGCCUUAUAGCUGUCAUCUUCACCAAGGGCUCUGACUCCCUCUCUAUCCUCUUCUCCUAUGUGUUCAUACUCCGCACGGUGAUGGCUAUUGCUUCUGGGGAGGGCCGGCUGAAGGCUCUCAACACUUGUGUUUCACACAUCUGCGCUGUACUUAUCUUCAAUGUGCCAUUGAUUGGGGUAUCAGUCAUCCAUCGCUUUGGAAAGCACUUGUCACCACUGACUCAUGCCCUUAUGGCAAACGCUUACCUUCUUGUCCCCCCUGUGCUCAACCCCAUAGUUUAUACUGUGAAGACCAAGGAAAUACGAAAAAAGAUUAUCCAGAUAUUUGUUCGAACCAAAAUUGCUACUACAGAGGGUUAA